AAACAACAUUUAUUUUUUGCAAACGAAAAUUUAAACUGCGUAAAUUGCCUUGGUAUUUCGGUAUCCUGAUCUGGAUGUAGAUUGACAGAUUAAAUUGCACAUCGAUAUUGACGUUAAAUGUUAUAUUAUGCGCAAGCUUUUAUAACUUGAGACCUCGGGGAAAAACUAAAUGAAAUACUGUCAUUAGGACCCGCUUUCAUCAAUAAAAUUGUUUCUGUGUAAUAUUUGGAUGAUAUUGUAGCAAAAAGUAGAGAGAGCCUGGUGUGAAAACAAAAUAUUCACGAAAGCUUUAUAAGUUUUGGAGAUAUUAGCUGGAUUUUUUUUAUUACUGAUUGACUGGACAUUAUUGUGAGAGGUUUUCAAAUUUUGGAUUUACUGACAGUUGAGAUAACCCCUGUACUAUAAUACUGUUAUACCAUUGGGAUUAUGUGUAUACUGGAUAUAAAUUACAUUGAUAUUAAGUAAUAAAAUAGUGAGCAGUGUUUGUCUUAUUAAAGCGGAAUAAGUGUAAAACAAUGAGUAAAGCAAAUGAGACGAAGUAGAAGUAUGAUUUGAAACAGUGAAAAGAGCAGUAUUGAAAAGGAAACUAAGACUGGUAAAAAGAAAAAUGGACAGCCUCUAGCUUUACGUACACACUCUAAAGUCAGUAACUGUAGUACAGAAGAAUUGAGCUACAUACACGAGAAUUAGAAAGCAUGAGUGAAGAUCUAGCUGAAGUUAGGAAUGAGCUCAAACCAUUGACGAAAAAGGAGGACGUUGAAAAUUUGAUUACCACAACACUUACAAACAUCACGGGGAAAAAUGAAAAGAAAAUGACUGAUAUAAUAAACAGAAAAAUUAAAGAAAAAAUACAAGAACUCCAUGAUAGAAUAAAUAGCCUUGAAUUUGACAAUGCAGAGCUAAAAGCGGAACUAGACUAAAUAAAUACCAAAAUAGAUCAAGAACUUGAUCAUCUACUUGAUCAAGUUGAAAAAAUUACAGUUUUGCACAAGAGCCUACAAGAAGGCAGAUUAUAAUGAACAGUGCAGCAGAAAGAAUAAUUUCAAAAUAAUGAAUGCUCCUGUGAAGGGAAGGAAAAUGAAACUGAAGAAGUCUUGACAACAUGUGUUCAAGAAAUCCUUGAGAAACAUAAGAUUUCUCUGGAAAAGGAACAAAUCCUCGCAAUUCAUAGAAUUCCUGAAAUGCAAGACAACAUGAAGCCUGUACUGACAAAAUUAAAAAGUAACAAUGCUAAAAUUGCAAUUAUGCAAAAGAGAAAAGCAAUGAAAGAAGCUGGUCACAGACUCAUUGAUGAUGUGACUAAGUUAAACCAUGGUCUUAGCAGACUUUCUCUACAUCCAGAAAUUUUAAGUGCUUGGUUUUUCAAUGGUAGUGUCCGUGGUUCUACAAUGAAAGGGAUCAGAUAUAAAUUUGACAUAUAUGAUACCAUCAGCUCCAUCAUUACUUGAGGCAGUAUAUAUAUAUAUACAAUGUUUCAUUUGAGACACUUUCACUUAAAUACACUAUCAACAUAAAGUCUUUACAAAUAUUUACAUUAUAUUAGAUUAAUAAGCUUUGAACAGUGUUCAAUCACUUACAAAGGCAGAACAAUGCUUUAACAUCAGCUUCUGAUUGAUAUAGAUAAAUUUGUGACAUGAACUAUGUUUUUAGUAAAUUUAUAUUUUGUUGUUUUACAUGAAAAUACCUCAAAAUGUUAGCGUAACUUUUAGACAUUUAAGCUCUAGCUUCUUGAAUGUCCAUAAAUCUACAGUGAAAAGGCACAUUUCAGGAAAAGACCUUGUGUAUGCUCAGUACAUCGAGAAACGCAACGUUUUUUACGCUCGAUUUUUUCAUACUUUCCUUGUACAUGUAUUUUUGCAUUUUGUGUAGUAGUAUUGUAAAAUUUGCCAUGAUGUAAAUCCCUCGUUCCAAUACAAACGCAAACAGCACGAAUUCAAAGUGCAACUUUUACGCAUGUUAAACUUUGGUAUAAGUUGCAUCGAACUUUUUGUAAAGUUUGCUUAUGAAAGGAAAAUCACGAUGCCGCGAUUAUCCGAACAUGAACGAAAUCAUGCCGUUGGGAUGCAUCUGGUGGGGACGUCAAAACGGGAGGUUUGGCGACUGUUUAAUUGUCAUGCGUCGACCAUUUCUCGUCUGAAGACUCGCUACCAGCACACUAACGCCGUUCGAGAUCGCCCACGUCCAGACUACCCACGGGUAACAACUGCCCGGCAAGACAAGCAACUCCGCGUGAACCACCUCCGGAACAGUUUCACAACUGCUACAGACACUGCUAGACACUUUGUUGGGCGUUAUGGCAGCCAUUUUUCAACUAUCCAUCCGAACACCGUGCGAUCGCGCCUAAGGGUAGCUGGACUACGGUGUAGACGAUCCCUGAAGUCAUCAAGACUCACAAUGCAACACAGAGCAGCCAGAUUACGCUAGGUGAGGACGCACAUCCGUUUCAUUCAGCGGUAGUGAGACUGCGUAUUGUUCCUUGAUCGUGCAAAUGAGCGGGCUGAUGGAAGACAACGAAUAUGGAGACGAAGAAACGAAAGGUACAACGAGCCGUGUGUGCUACAGUACAUCAUAUAGGGUGGAGGUUCUAUCCAUAUCUAGGGAGGCAUUACACGUCACCGCAGAAACGCCUGGUGGUAUUCCAACGAAACGUCAACGCUCAUUCGUACAUUGACAAUGUCCUACAGCCUUUUGUGGUGCUGUUUCUGCAGCAGCAUUAUCCUAAUGGCAACGGGAUAUUGCAGCAAGACAACGACAGGCCUGAGUAUAUCUGCAGCAGAACAUAGUCAACUUUCUGCCAUGGCCCGCGCUGUCGCCAGACAGGUCUCCUAUUGAGCAUGUUUUGGACGAACUCAAGCGUCGUGUGUAUGCACGUG